AUGCAAGGUAAGACUUCAGAGGAACACCACUGGGUUGGAAAUGGCACCCCAAGUACAGUAGUAGACGAUAAAGAAUAGGGUGUAUUUUAUUCCAAGUUACAAGGUAUUUUAUUCCAAGUUACAAGGUAUUUUAUUCCAAGUUACAAGGUAUUUUAUUCCAAGUUACAAGGUAUUUUAUUCCAAAGUUACAAGGUAUUUUAUUCUAAGCUAUAAUAGUGUUAAUCAAGGCCAUGACAUUUAAUGCUGAUGAUGUUUGACUUCAGCCAUGGAAUGUGGGAACUGACGACCACUGAUGACCUGUGUGUGUGUGUGUGUGUGUGUGUGUGAUUCAUCAACUCAUAUUGAUCAACAUACAACAUGUCCAUUCUAUUUUAUAUUGAUCAGUAAAGUUGAUGAAUUAAAGGACUGGUCAUGUACUUUGUAAAGGGAUAUGGCCGAUAUGGUCUUAUCUAUUAUGUAUAACCUACUAAUUACAUAGUGGAAUUAAAAGUUGUGGUGUCAGCUUUUGUAAGAUGGUUUUGUUGCAUGCUGGACUGUUUGCUCUUUUCUCUUCGAAUCCUCAUAGAACCUUAUCCAUCUCUUCGUCUCGCUAAUAUGAUAUCACCCCUGGCUUGAGUGGCCGGGGGAUGGUGCAGAGAUGAAACACAUCAUACUGAAGCAGAAUUGACCGGCCUUUACUUGGGAGGGCAGAAAUGAGGAAAAGCUUUUAGUAAAAACCUGGGCAUCAGACAACCAUUUGCUGGCUCAGCUUAUGCUGCACCAUUCCACCAGGCCUUGUUUUCACUCCUAUUUCUUAAUUAUGGCGUUCAGCCUCUUUUUAAUUCCCCUGCUGUCUUACUGCUCUGUUUCUGUUAUUGGCGUGUAGCUGUAGAUGAAAUGUAAACAUUUCAAGAAUACUGCCUUACUACAGAAAAUACAUACAUAUUUCACAGCGCAUCAGGAAUAUUUGCCUUCAUUGAUAUGGUAUCUAUUCAAUAUACACACAAACUGAAACCAACUGUGUUUCUUAAAGGAAAAUACCACUCAAAAAAUUAUAUUUUGGUAUUUGUUUCAUUAAACCAUUGUUGAUAUAGUCCCAAAAUAUUUUGCAUGUCAGCAAUCAAGUUUUCAAGAUAUAUAGCUUUCAAAAUACAGAAAGUGUCACAUUAUGUGUUUUGUAUCAUAUGAUGCAAAAUGCCAGUGAUGGAAAAAGUACUCAUUGUCAUACUUGAGUAAAAGUAAAAAGUAAAAUUAAAUGCUAUAUAUCAAAUUCCUUAUAUUACGCACACCAGAGGGCAUGAUUUUCUUGUUUUUAAAAUGUAUGGACAGCCAGAGGUACACUUCAACACUCAGACAUCAUUUAGAAAUGCAGUAUUUUUGUUUAGUGAGUCUGCCAGAUCUGAGGCAGUUGGGAUGAUAACAUGUUAUAUGGAUAUUUGUGUGAAUUGGGCCAUAUUGGUGUCCUGCCUGAGCAUUCGAAACGUAACAAAUAUUUUGGGGUGUAAGGCAAAAUGUAUGGGAGUAAAAAGUACAUAUUUUCUUUAAGAAUGUAGUGGAGUAAAAGUAAAAGUUGUUAAAAGUAUAAAUAGUAAAGUAAAGUACUACAAAAAACGACUUAGUUACUUUACACUACAUCAAAACGCAUGAUACUGUGUCACUUGCUGUAUUUUUGAAAGUUCUAUAGGCUAUCUUGAAAACAUGAUUGCUGACAGGCAAAAAUAAAUUGGGACUGUAUCAACAGUGGACUAAUGAAAGGAAUACCAAAAGAUCGUUUUGAGUGGUAUUUUCCUUUAAGUACAAGUGUUUUCUUUUUGAUUGCGUUUGUCCUGCUGUUCAGGCGAAUCCAGUUCCAUGUUGGCUACUUUAGUAGACGAUUGAUCACAGAAACUGCUUGUAAGACACAAAGGGCUCUAUUUUCAGCUGGCGCUUAGGAGGCGGAAGUGUCAAAAGCAGGUUAGUUUGCAAUUUCGUCAUGUAAAAACUGGCGCACUGGCAUUUUCCACCCCUUAUGCCAGGCAAUUUACCUGUCUAACAUUAGCUCACUUAACCUGAGGUGGGAGGGGUGGCAAUAUUUGAGGUUCCUUAAAAACAACCACAAACGUGGCAUUUUCAUGCAGCGCUAAAGGGAAGUUUUAAGACCCGCCCAAAAGCAGGUCUUAACAGUAACGCAGUUGCUAAUGGCAUGGAUUUUGAGAACAGAAGCGAAGCCUAUCCUGCCGGGAUGCACUGUGCCCUUGGAAUGAGAGAUGUGCCUUUUGUGCCGUGAAUCUGGUAUUUAAAAAACAUAAAGAAACGAUUGGUUUCCCCCCAUUUCAUUUAAUUUCAUUAAAAACCAAGCAUAGCCUACCCUCCCGGUAAUCAAAGCUGGUUAACAGCUUGGCAUAUGUGCGUCUUUUUAUGCUGGCCAUGCAUUAGCCAAGUAGCCUAUAAAUAAAGGGGUUUUAAAUGGUCUACUGAGGGGGCCUUGAAAUAUUUUGGAGUUUUUUUGUCCUCAGGCUUUUUUAUGCUUCACAAUUCACAUACCUGCAUACUUCAUUUCGCUAGUUAAAUUAGACAAUCCAUCCCCAUUUUCAAAAAGCACCUCUCCAAAGACGCGCUCCUCCAAACUAUUCAGUCAUCCAAUAAUGCCAUAUCAACAGCAGAUUUUUUUGAGAAUGUGCCUCGCACAUAGGCAAUGAAUGAUACAAUUGACAGAAGCCUAGUAUUUUGGUUAAACAUGCCUGUGCACACAGUGCCAUGGAACAAGAGAUGCAAUUUAUAAUAUCAUGCUUCUGACCCCAUCCUAUUUAGAAAUAUUGUUGUUGUUCCAAAAAAAUGAUCGCUUGUUUUUCGUUUAUUAAAAACCAAGCAUCUCCUCCCCUCAAUGAAGGCUAUGUUUUUUUUGUCCUGCCCAACGCAUUCGCCAAAUAGCAGCCUAUCAAUAAACGGAUUGGCUCAUGAGACUGCUUGAAAUAAAUAUGAAUCACCAAAGCUUUAUUAAAAGAUCAAGUUUGGGAGGAGCAAAACAGUGAGUGGACAUCCCCUCUUUAUCAUAAUUUUAGCAAGCACCCUAUAUUUUUUGGGACAAAAAAAAACUCCAUGUUGUCCAUAUGCCCAUCAUGAAACGAGACAUGAGAUGAUGCCGGUGACCCUCAUAUUUAGAAGUAAAAGUGGCUUGUGCGAGCCAGAGUCAUACUUAGAAACAUUUAUGUUAUUUUCCUGUAACAUGUUCUUGUUUUCCAUUUCCUUCGAUUAAAAACCAAACUAGAAUAUAUAUUUACAUAUUGAAGCCAUGCACAGCUCACUAUCUGUAAGUACAGACAAAUGGGAUCUGCAUUGCCACAGUAGACUCCACCACUAUCCUCAGCCAUUAAGAUAGGGGGAAAUGGAGUAGAAAAAAAGCCACAAAAAGUAACAGCCUAAUUACAUGUAGUGGUCCCCCUAUGGAUGACAACACAAAACAGAGUGGCUGAUCUGAAUGCCUUGUAUGUGUCUUCGAGGUGUUGGAAGGAAGAAAUAGGUUUUGUUUCUCACAAAAAUGGCAAAUAUAUUCUAUUCUACCUCUGUUAAUCUGUGUCUCUGGUCUUGUAUUUCUGAAGGAAAAACAGGGACGUUCCUGCUGCUCAUCUGUUCUACCAGCGUGACGUUUCUGGCUCUCCAGUGUUUCAUGCAGAUCACUUUUGCCUACGUACCUCAGUAUGGUAAGAUAACAUAAUAAUAAUAAUAAUAAUAAUAAUAAUAAUCAAUAAAUAAUAAUAAUAUAAUAACACCAGCCUCUAUCAGCUCACUGAGCCACUAACAACAGACUACUCAGAGGUGCUGCUGAACACCACCUAAAAUAGAGGCAGAAGUAGUUUGUUUUAGCAUUUCAAUACAUGGAGAGUAUAAUGAACGUAUUACUUACUCAUUCAAUUAACAUUUGAUGAGGGUGGAUGUUGCUUUGGCAUUUUGCUGAUAAGACUAGACUUGAUUUCUAUCUGAAAUAUUUGUGUUGUUCAACAGAGAACGAAUAUUGGGAAAAUGUUCUCUACCAUCUGGGCAUUGUACGGUAGGGCCACAUUUUCUUUACUUUUUUAAAGCAGACUUUGGUGUUGUUUCUAAUGCAGGUGUUGUUCAUCAGAUUGUCUUGUGUUAUGUCCCCAGGUUCAGUUUGGUGGAUGCAGGGGACAUUUUGCGUCUCUUAGCCCCUGAUCUGGGUCUCUUCCUGUCUGGGCUCUUCAUACUCUGCCUGGUCAGGAAGCUGCUACGCCCCGCGCCCCAACUUAAUGUCCACGAGAACUGUAUCAAACCCUCUGACCCUGAGGUAUCCACAUGGCCAAUUUCAUCUGCCACUUUUGUUCAAUUCACAGUAUAGUUUUACCAUUAUUGUUUUACAUGAGCGCUUUAGAAAUGUACAUCAAACAUGGCGAGAUGUUCUAAAGGAUUUGAAGAAUGUGAAGGUGGGGUGCCUCACCUUCUCAUGCAGUAUGUCAGCACCUCUAUUCUAGUGGUUUGAGCAUGGACCUCCUUCAGGUUGAAUCUGUUAUAAAGCAAAAUAGAGUUAUGAAACACACCAACUUCUUGUCCAUCAAACUUGUGCUCUUUCGACAAAGCAGAAUGUGGAGAUGUCCGACUCAGAGUCUGAAGAUGGGAGUGAUGUCACAGAUGGCUCGUCCUAUGACAGCUCAGAUGAAAUCACAGCGGCGCCAGCAACCCCUCCUCAGUUUGUCCAGAAGUUCAUUGCAUUUGCCCUUGGACUGCGCCUCUUGCUGUCUGCCAUCAUGAACACAGCAGGGAAAGUAGUGGUCACCAUACUACUGGGGUUGGCAGGUACAUCUCAGAAGGCUGUCACUUUGGACUCUCAUGUACUAGUCUUGCGUGCCAGACUUAAAGUCUUGCAUUGGCUCAGCAUUCUCCGCUGUCUAGCUCAGCCAAAAUAAGACACAUUUACUAUCUGCUCCCGCACACUACUAUAAUCUUCUCCUUUCUGGUCCUCUUCCCUCUGUACCAGGCAUUGCCAUGCCCUCCCUGACCUCGGCGGUGUAUUUCGGGACGUUCCUGGGCCUGGUGUGGUGGUGGGUGUUACUCCGUUCCCUCAGUUUGCUGUUCUUCAGUACCCUCUGUGUGAUGAUGGCUAUAUUCAGCGCCGGUCACCUGCUGAGCCUCUACCUGUACCAGCUGCCCCUGGCCCAACAGAUCGUACCUCCACAGGACAUCUACGCCAGGUAGGGUCACAGGACCAGGAUGUAGCAACGCUGGACACUGGCUGGACGCUGACUGUACAGAUACACACUGUCCUUUUAACGAUAUUGGUUUGCCAGCUGAAAUACAGCCACUGAAAAACGGAUUGAAUUUAUUAAUACUUGUCGAAAUACAAAAUAAUUACACACUCUAUUACACUGGACACAGACAUAUACAACAUAAUUACACACUCUAUUACACUGGACACAGACAUACACAAAUCAUUGUUAAAUGUCAUAAACUGAUACAUGCCCAUCUUCAAAUUUCAGUAUAGACUUGAUCUAUCUACUGUGAAUGUUGAUUAAGUUCUGGGUCCAUAUGUGUUAAGAGAAGAGAUCGGAACCGGAACGAAGAGCGAGCAAGUCUAUGGGCCAAAUGUCCCCUCCCCUUCCGGAAUUUGAAGGAUGCUAACACCUGGGAAAUCGUGAUUUGUCUGAAGCACUGGAACUAAUCCUGCUCGUUAUCUCACACAUCCUGAUGUAUCAUGACAGAUCUACGGUACCAUUUAUGUUUACGUAGUCUGUCCCAAGAGAUUAAUCACCCUCUGGUUUUGUUCAGGCUGUUUGGUAUGACAGCGUUCAUCUGGACCAAUGAGACGGAGCCAUACAGUCUGGGUCUGCAGGCAGAUGUCAGCUGGCCUGUCUUCACCAACCCCAUUGUGCUGCUGCUCCUCUAUUACACAAUGGUGGCUCUGCUGCACAAGUGGGUCUACAUCACUGAAGAAGAGGUACUUUACCUAGACUGAGACUCUAACGCAACUAAGACCUUAAUAGUAAAUGGCUGCGUCUGAAAUGUAACCCUAUUCCCUAUAUAGUGCACUACUGGAUAUGGGGUAGGGCUCUUUAUAGUGAAUAGGGUGCCAUGUCAGACGCAACCGAUGACUUGUGGGUUAAAUAAAACUGUGGGUUUAUCCUUUAUUGGAAGUGUUAAUUGUGUGUCAGUUAUUUCAUGGUGCUGUCUGUGUAUUUCUGCAAGGAUACUCUGGUGAAGUCUGAGAGUCCAGUAGAAAUCCCUGAGAAUCCCCACAGCUUCUCCAAUAUCUUAUUCAUCUCAGGAGACAGACUGGAGGUGUUGAAAUCUACUACAGUUCUAUUUUUCUUCUACAGCUAUCACAAUCUAGCCUCCUGUAGUUUUACCAUCAUGAUUUUCUACAGAUUUCUUGAACAAUUAUCUUUCUUUCUCUUUUGCAGCUACUGACCAGUACGGAUGAUGAAAUUUAUAUGCCAGAUGAGGAGAUGCAGGAGGUACAUUCUGCUCUCCCAAUGUGUUGUUGUUAUAACUACCUUAAAGGGACUUUACAUGUCUGGUUAGAUACUGUACAUUUGGUGCGCAUCACUUUUCUUCAAAGCCAAAAUUCCUAAUGAACUGUUUUUCCUCUGCAGCCAAUGGUCUUACUGAUGAGCAGCUCAUGGCAUGAUCUGAGAGGACAGGAGGUGGGGUCACUGCUCGGAGGGCCAGGGGUAGGGUAUACAAACUGCUGGCCUCCACCACAAUAUGAAGAAAUAGACUUGUCACCCUCACAAGGUAUGUACCUGCAAGCCUUGUCAAUGUCCAAGUCAAAUAUACUCCAAGGUCUAUUAUUUGGUAGCAUUACCAAAAUGUUAGGUUCUAGACGAAUGGUUUAACUUAUGGGAAGUCUUUUUUAUAUCCACCUGGAUAUUUUGAUCUUACUCAGUCAUGACUAAAUGGUAGGAAUUUAAUAUUGAAUACAUUUUCAUCACUAGUAUAGAAACUGAUACAACACAGCCUUAAAAUAUGACAAUUAUAUGGUAUAGAAACUUUCCUAAACUCCAUUUUCUGCUGUUUUCCUCUCUCAGACUCGGAGGAGGUUAAAGAGAGUAGUGAGGAAGAGAAGGAGAGGAGGAGUGAGAUGUCUAUGAGGGAGAGGAGGAGUGCGGUGUCUAUGAACGAGGAGAGGAGUGAGGUGUCUAUGAACGAGGAGAGGAGUGAGGUGUCUAUGAACGAGGAGAGGAGUGAGGUGUCUAUGAACGAGGAGAGGAGUGAGGUGUCUAUGAACGAGGAGAGGAGUGAGGUGUCUAUGAACGAGGAGAGGAGUGAGGUGUCUAUGAACGAGGAGAGGAGUGAGGUGUCUAUGAACGAGGAGAGGAGUGAGGUGUCUAUGAGGGAGAGGAGGAGUGCGGUGUCUAUGAACGAGGAGAGGAGUGAGGUGUCUAUGAACGAGGAGAGGAGUGAGGUGUCUAUGAGCGAGGGGAGGAGUGAGGUGUCUAUGAACGAGGAGAGGAGUGAGGUGUCUAUGAGCGAGGAAGAUAAUGUGCCCACCCCUCCUGGCCCCAGUGGACUGGCUGUGUUUGGCCUGUUCAUCAUGAAGCACAGCUAUGUCAGCGCACUCAUCAUCAUGAUGGUAAACCACUUUAUUUCUAUGACGGUAUUAAAGUUUUGGUGUAGACAUUAGUAAUUGAACAAUUAACUCCCUGAAAAAAAAUCAUUUCAAAGUCAAACUGAAUUGAAAUAAAUGACCUUUACAUUACCUUGCAAUCUUUGAACAUAAACGUGGGUAUGACUAUAAGAUGUGUGGCGUGCCUCCUGUGUUCCUUCAACCCCUCAGGUGUGGAGCAUCACCUAUAACAGCUGGCUGACGUUCGCCCUGCUGGUGUGGUCGUGUGUGAUCUGGAUGAUGCGUGACCGUCGGCGCUACGCCAUGAUGAGCGCUCCCUUCCUGGCGGUGUACGGCACCUUGCUGUUGCUGCUCGCCUUCCUAAGCGGCCUGAGGCUGCGGCAGGACGAGCUGUACCCUGGCCUGCCACAUGCCGUGCUGGUGGACUUUGACAUGGCCACGUACCCAGCACCCUGCAUCCACCUGGGAGGCAAGGUGUUCUACGCCUUCAGCUUCUGGCUACUGUUCCGCCAACAACUGAAGGAGAAACAGGAAGAGCAGGAUCUCAAGGAGUCUGACGAGUCUCUGGAUGAAGUGAAAGUACUCCCACGUAUGUUCUCCUUUCUUUAUAUGCAUACUUUAUGGCUUUACAUUGAUAAAGUCACAUUCUCUAAUACAGUUACAAUGAUCAAAUGCAUUAGAAAUGGAAAUGUUAUUGUACCCAGGUGUUUAUAACAUGUUUCACUUAACAGUGCCCUCUAAGCCAUAGGUGUUUGAACCUUGACCCAGGUAUGGUGACAUGUUCUACAUUGUGUUCCUCCUCUCCCUCAGCGGAUGAAGGUGAAACCUCCCCCAUAAUGGAGAUGCUGGGUUCAGCGGUCAAAGGAACCCUGGUGAAGUACUGGAUCCUGUUCUGCUGCUACAUGUUCUUUGUGGUCAGCUUCUCUGGGAAGGUGAUGGUCUACAAGAUCCUCUACAUCGUGCUGUUCCUAUUCUGUGUUGCCCUCUACCAGGUGGGCCUCAUAUAUAUGACUCCUAGAUUGUGUUGUAGUGGCUAUCAGUGGUGCUGUGUAUGCUGCACAUGAUAUACAAUGUACAAUACAACUUUACUGUCCAUGUCACAGUGAACAACGGAAAUUACUUAACUCCCCCAGAUAGCACACAUCUCAGGGUGGCAGGUAGGCUAGCGGUUAAGAUCAUUGGGCCAGUAACCGAAAUGUCGAAUCCCUGAGCCGACUAGGUGAAAAAUCUGUCGAUGUGCCUUUGAGCAAGGAACUUAACCCUAAUUGCUCCUGUAUGUCGCUCUUGAUAAAAAUCACACAUACGAGACGCUAUUAACAGUAUGAUGUUAUUCAGAAGGGAAGGAAAUUUGGUUUUUACUCGGUGAAAGAUAAGAUUAUGUCAUUCAAUAGCCAUGUUAGUGGGUGGACCAAAAGAUGAAUCUCAGACCCUGACUAUGUAAAUAUCUUAUCACUGACCUCACUAUUGGUAUGACACAUUUACCGCCCGGCCUUGCAGCCAAGACCUCAACAACAGCCCAAGGCUCUAAACUCUUAUCAAUAGAGCUCCCGUUAUGAAUAUUGAUCCUACCUCGUAAACACAGACAAAAAAAACAUUUCUGCUGCCGUUUUCCUGGUUUCCCUUCCCUUCCCCUCUGUAGCUCAAUUGGUAGAGCAUGGCGCUUGUAACGCCAGGGUAGUGGGUUCGAUCCCCGGGACCACCCAUACGUAAAAAUGUAUGCGCACAUGACUGUAAGUCGCUUUGGAUAAAAGCGUCUGCUAAAUGACAUAUUAUUAUAUUAUUAUUAGAUUAUCUUGUAUUUCCGCUGAUCUUUUAGCACUGACCACUUACAGUAGCCUAAUGGCCUAGCUACGACCUCACAGCACACAUACUGUAAGAAAGCCAAUAUGAACCUCUUGUUUAUCAGUGCUAGCAGCGCUGUUGAUUCACAUACAGUGAGGGAAAAAAAGUAUUUGAUCCCCUGCUGAUUUUGUACGUUUGCCCACUGACAAAGACAUGAUCAGUCUAUAAUUUUAAUGGUAGGUUUAUUUGAACAGUGAGAGACAGAAUAACAACAAAUUAAAACGCAUGUCAAAAAUGUUAUACAUUUAUUUGCAUUUUAAUGAGGGAAAUAAGUAUUUGACCCCCUCUCAAUCAGAAAGAUUUCUGGCUCCCAGGUGUCUUUUAUACAGGUAACGAGCUGAGAUUAGGAGCACACUCUUAAAGGGAGUGCUCCUAAUCUCAGCUUGUUACCUGUAUAAAAGACACCUGUCCACAGAAGCAAUCAAUCAAUCAGAUUCCAAACUCUCCACCAUAGCCAAGACCAAAGAGCUCUCCAAGGAUGUCAGGGACAACAUUGUAGACCUACACAAGGCUGGAAUGGUCUACAAGACCAUCGCCAAGCAGCUUGGUGAGAAGGUGACAACAGUUGGUGCGAUUAUUCGCAAAUGGAAGAAACACAAAAUAACUGUCAAUCUCCCUCGGCCUGGGGCUCCAUGCAAGAUCUCAGCUCGUGGAGUUGCAAUGAUCAUGAGAACGGUGAGGAAUCAGCCCAGAACUACACGGGAGGAUCUUGUCAAUGAUCUCAAGGCAGCUGGGACCAUAGUCACCAAGAAAACAUUUGGUAACACACUACGCCGUGAAGGACUGAAAUCCUGCAGCGCCCACAAGGUCCCCCUGCUCAAGAAAGCACAUAUACAUGCCCGUCUGAAGUUUGACAAUGAACAUCUGAAUGAUUCAGAGGAGAACUGGGUGAAAGUGUUGUCGUCAGAUGAGACCAAAAUGGAGCUCUUUGGCAUCAACUAAACUCGCCGUGUUUGGAGGAGGAGGAAUGCUGCCUAUGACCCCAAGAACACCAUCCCCACCAUCAAACAUGGAGGUGGAAACAUUAUGCACAAAAACAGCAAUUUAGUAAAAGAUGUAGGUAUUAUUAUGGAAAUAAAUUGUGAAUGUGAAAUUAAUAUUUGAAGACAGUGAUGAUAGAUGGGUGUGAAAAGGCAACUUGUUUUGUGGUCGCCUGUUGUCAUAUGACCGAGGGAAAUCAGAGGGUUCGGUUGAUCUUUAUAAAAUAACGUAUUUUCAAUGUUAAUAUUGCUCCCUAUAGAUCAACCGAUCCCUCUGAUUUCCCUCAGUUACUAGGCACAUUUCAUAGUGAUUUGACCUGAUUAGCAUCAUGGCAUCUAUGUUACCGUUCCUCAGAUCCGUUGUGACGUGUGGAGGCGAGUACUGAAGUACUUCUGGGCGGUGGUGGUAGGCUACUCCAUGAUGGUCCUGAUUGCCAUCUACAUGUACCAGUUCAAGACCGUCUCUGGCCUCUUCAGACAGAUCAUGGGCAUGUCUGAGGAAGGGUGAGUGUGCAUGGUGGCACUGUGGCCAACCCUGUACAUUCACAAUGCUGCGUAUGCCUCCGUAUUGUUGUAGUUGUCCCAAGACUUUGACGUACUACAGUGUUAAUUGAUUCAUUCAUUCAUUCAUUGGCCCGAAAUUCCUCAUAUCUUGUACCCUAUGUCUAGAAGUCUCCCUGAUGAUGCAUGGUUAAGGAACAUUUGAACUUCACAGUGUCUUUGCAUACUGUGACUAAGUUAUUCUUAUACAGAUGUAGUAGGAUCUUAAUUUGAUCACUCUUUUGUUGCUGAGAAUCUUCCUGCACAGCAGGAAAUGCAAACUUGUAGUGUACUUUAGUUUUAAAAUGGCUUCUUAAGUUUGUCAUUUCCACUUUGAAAUGUCAGACUUGAAAUGUUAAGAAAAAUGUAUCAACCCCUACAAAAAGUGUCCAUUCAUUAUAAUCCACAUAAUAAUUCACAUUUCCUGUUGCGGCAGGAUUAUUUUCCUGCUGUAGCAAACUGGCUCAAAUUAAGAUCCUACAUCUGUACACUCAGUGCUGUCGCUGUCCCGCUCUGUCCUCUAGUCUGCGUGAUCUCGGGUUGGAGCAGUAUGAUACUGUGGAGCUGUUUGCUCGGAUCCUCCUCCCUGCAGCCUUCCUAUUGGCCUGCAUCCUGCAGCUUCACUACUUCAACCAGGACUUCCUGGAUCUCACCAACCUGGACAACGUACCUGUCCACCACGGACAAACCAGGUGGAACAGCUAACCUGAUCGCAACCACUGGGAUAAUGUGCUUUAUAUCAGGGAGGAGGGAACUGUUAGUCCAUUAAAGUGUUCCUUUCAUGUCAACUGGUCUUUUUAGAGACAUAAUACAUUUUCUUCAUUAAAAAAAGAUGCACAAUGGCGUUAUCAGUAUCAUCUCCAGAGCAGUGGACGCUGCUCAUAAUAAUGUCUGGAACGGCACGAAUGGAAUGGCAUCAAACCAUGUGUUUGAUGUAUUUGAUACCAUUCCACCUAUGCGGGUCCAGCCAUUACCACGAGCCCGUCCUCCCCAGUUAAGAUGCCACCAACCUCCUGUGCUGCAGAGAGAUAUUGAAAAUAUAAGGAUCUGAUUGGUCCAAAUCAUGAGUUUAAUAUUUGCUGGGGUGUUCUUUCCUUUUUUUGUGGAAAAACAAGCUGUCUGUCGUUCUCCCCCCAUCUCUAUGUUGUUGUGUCUCAUCCAUUCUGUCCAUCUCUUCACCUAGAGAGGAAGAGCUGAGGAACUCAGUCAAUGUGAUAGCUGACAUGUAAGAGCUGCUUUUUUUGUCUCCAUGAAUGGCAUGCUUCACACAGUGGUUUGGUGUUAUAGUCAUCUUAAACAACCUUAGUUACGCAAAAUUCAAAGUAAGGAGUGUAAAAAUAUGUUAAUCUCAUGUUAUGAUAAUAUGUUGGCAUUAUUAUACAGAGAAAGCAGCCACCAUUUUGAGUGUGCAGAUAUAUCAUUUCAUUCCAUCAGUCCGUCAUCAAUUCUGAGUAAUUUAAAUGAAAUCUUUUUCAGAUAAUUUCAUGGAAUGUUAGCAUUUUUGCCACUGUAAGUGCAAUGUUUAACUGAUGUUUAUUUUUCCUCAGAAUUAAAGAAAACAUUGAAAAGUUACAGAAACGGUACAUUCUUAAUACACUUUCUUCCUUUACAUGGAUGAAAAAAGACCAUGUAUUGCAUCUUAUAUAAUGUUAUUAUACAGUAUAAGGUAUUAAAAUGACUAAAUCCAUGAUGGACUUGCCUACCCUCUUUCUGCUAGGAUGGCGAAGGAGCAGAGUGAGCAGAUGAAUGGGGAGUCAGAACGUGUGGGGAGUCAGGACACCUUGGACAGUGAUGGACUGUCUGCCUCAUCAGAGAAACCGGAGGAGGAGCAGAAGGGAACAGGUGUGUGCCACUGAGACUCUGAGAUUCAGAUUCUAAUUUAUUGUAUGAAAGUACAUUUUUAACAGCACAUAGACAAUACAAACAAAUAUGCCACAUAAACAAAACAGUCUGUGAAAUCUAGCACAGCAUAUCAGAUCUUAUAUCUGAGUCUGAUGUCCUUGUUGUGUCCGAUAGGUCCCCCAGAGGAGUAUCUGACCCAAUGGGGGUUGAUAGUGGACCGGGCCAGCCUGCUGCUGUUCCAGACUCUGGUUGCGUUCCAGCGGGCUCAGGAGAUGGGCUGGAGGCUGCUGGAGGUUCACAGCCUCAAGAUUGUUUCCACCGGCAUCAUCUGGGUGUCCCUACAAGAGGUCAGAUGUCUUUACGUGACGCUGGAACUCCACAUUCUCAUUGUACCUUGACCCCAUUUAUAGUACCUUUUAUAUUGCAUUACUGCAUUUACACUGCCCUGAUUUUACCACAUAAUAUGUUAUGCAGUGUAGGGGGUCUGCAUAAAGCAUUUGUUUUCCUUCUUUUUACUUUGUGCCCCAGGUGUCCCUGAUGAACUUCCUGUUCCUGGUUCUGUGGACCUUCGCCCUGCCCUUCCCCCGGCUCCGUCCCAUCGCCUCCAGUGUGUCCUCAGUCUGGGCCUGUGUCAUGGUGGUGUGUAAGAUGCUGUACCAGCUCAAGGUCAUCAAACCUCUGGAGUACUCCUCCAACUGCACUGCUGUGAGUUCACUUACCGCUAGCAUGCAAAACACUGACCAAAUAUUCACUAAUUAUUCCACAGGCAUAGCAAUAUAUACUCAGUAAUGGUUGGCUCCCAAGGGGAUUAUGUCAUGUUUUAGAGACAAUAGACUGUGUGUGUGUGUGUAGUGUGACUGUGUGUGUGACUGUGUGUGUGUGUGUGUGUGUUUGUAUGUGUGUGUGUGUGUGUGUGUGUGUGUGUGUGUGCAUGCGUACGUGUGACUAUCUACAUUUACAGUAGUAUGUGUCUCUGUGUGUCAGAGCCUGGUGUCAGCUAACGGGACAGGGCUGGAGCUGGAGGGGAACAUGGCAGAGCUGCUGAGGAGGUCUGUGCUGUAUGUGAAGCCUGUUGACCCAGCCACAUGGUGUGGAGCGCUGCGCAAGUGUGAAGACAGGAUCCUGCCCUGUCUCAGGGUUAGACAAGCUUCUUACUCAGUGUCUGUGGUCAUUUAGUAAUAUCGACGUCAUUUGUCAAUCAUGCCAUGCACUAUAUAACCAUGAAAUUAAUUGAAAGAGAGAUUUUGAGAUAUAUGCAUAUUAAUAACAGAUGAAUGCAUAUUGGUAAAUACGGCACAUAUAAAUGAAUAUCCUCUCUAUUAUUAGUGUGGUAGCUUCAUUGAUCUGUGGUUCUAUGGUUCUGUAGUCUGAGUGUUCUUUGGUUGUGUUUGUCUUUGAUGUCAGAACCACCUGAUGGUGCUGGGGCUGCUGGUGUUUGAGGUGACGGUCCAUAGACACCAGCUCUACUAUCGCCUCCGCAACAACCUCAAGGUCCCCACCUUCAGCAUCAUCUUCCAGGGCAUCACACGCCAGCACCUGGACCACGGCAUCCUGCCCUGCAUCAAAUACUUCAUCAACUACUUCUUCUACAAGUUUGGCCUGGAGGUACAGUAGCUACAACCGAUUAUUAGGGCUGCAAUAGCCUCUUUUACUGUAGACUUCCAUUUGAGAUUUGUAGUGUUUUAAUUUUAGUACAGUUUCGGAAGUUAUCUAUAGUUAUCUAUAUGUUUUCAUUUUUGUCGUUUCAUCAUGUCCUCCUGUCCCUCAGGUGUGCUUUGUGGUGGCGGUGAAUGUGAUUGGCCAGCGGAUGGAUUUCUACGCGCUUCUGCACUCCUGUGCUCUGAUGGCCGUUCUGUCACGACGACGCAGGAAAGCCAUGGGGGAGGUGUGGCCUAAGUACUGCUGCUUCACUGCAAGCCUCAUGGUGCUGCAGUACCUACUCUGUAUCGGCAUCCCUCCCGCUCUCUGUGUCGGUAAGGAGAGAUAUCUGGAGAUAAGCCAGUAAGCAAAAUGCAAAAUGACGCUGACAAAAUGACGCUGACAUCACGUGCAUUUCAGGUGCUGAAUGAAAGGUUAGAACAUGUAUUUUCUGGAUGUUGAAAAUACGUCUUAUAAGAACGUAAAAAAUAAGUUGUAAAUGGAUGUUGAAAAGGCAUCUUUUCAGGUGUCUUUUCAGGACAUUGAAAAUAUGUAUUUUCCGGACAUCAUAGAGACAUCUUAUUGGGACGUUGAAAAUACGUCUUAUGGGGCCUCCUGAGUGGCGCAGCAGUCUAAGGCACGGCAUCGCAGUGUUGCGGCGUCACUACAGUCUGGGGUUUGAUCCCAGGCUGUGUCACAACCGGCCGUGACCGGGAGUCCCAUAGGGCGGCGCACAAUUGGCCCAGCGUCGUCCGGGUUAGGGGAGGGUUUGGCCGGGGGGGGCUUUACUUGGUUCAUCGCGCUCUAGCGACUCCUUGUGGCGGGCCGGGUGCCUGCAAGCUGACGUCGGUCGUCAGUUGAACGGUGUUUCCUCCGACACGUUGGUGCAGCUGGCUUCCAGGUUAAGCGAGCAGAUGUUAAGAAGCGCGGCUUGGCGGGUCAUGUUUCGGGGGACGCAUGACUCGACCUUCGCCUCUCCCGAGCCCGUUGGGGAGUUGCAGCGAUGAGACAAGAUCGUAAUGGGAUCGCAAUUAGAUAUCACGAAAAGGGAAUACAAUUACUAAAAAAUAAAUAGAAAUACGUCUUAAACGGACAUUGAAAAUAUGUAUUUUUCAGUCAUUGAUUCUUUGGAUAAAUGUCAACUGCACAUACAUUCUCAAUGAAGUAAGCAUUAUGUCACAAUAAUAUAGGAAAGACAAGCCAAAAGAAGAUUGCAACAGAUUAUUUAUUAUUACUCCCAUUUGUCACAUGCACUUAUGUUAGCUUUUUCAAAAGCUUUAAAACUAGCAGCGAUGAUGUUCAAAUUAGUCCAAUUUACAGAAUGAACCAACAGAACACUUCAACUAUAAUAACAUUCUCAGUAACGGUUACAGAUUUUUUUAUUUUCUUGCUUUGACUGUGAUAUGUUGUAGCUUAUCUACCUUAGUUGAAUGCUCUGACUGUCAGUCACAUCUGCUGAAUGACCAAAAUGUAAAUGUAAAGACAAACACUUGCAAAGCAUGCUGAGUAUUAUUCUAAUGAGCUCCGCCCCCAAACAAGUACAAAUUGGUCGGUGCAGAGCAAAGGAAAAGGGAAAGGGGGAUACCUAGUCAGUUGUACAUCUGAAUGCAUUCAACUGAAAUGUGUCUUCCACAUUUAACCCAACCCCUCAGAUCCAAAUCUGAAUGAAUCAUAGACGUCUUGGCUAUAUUUCACAAGUUUGAACAUCACAUUACAGUAUGGCAGUUUAGUACAGUAGAGUAUGGUACGAUACAGGACAGUCACGUUUUAUUCAGUAGGGUACAGUACAGUAGAGUUUAGUUCAGUAGAAUACAUUAGAGUAAAGUAGGGUACAAUACAGUACACUGUACUUUACUGCACUCUACUGUGCUGUACUUUACUCUACUUUUCUUUACUGGGCUGUGAACUGUAAUGUACUGUACUUUGCUGUGCUCUACUGUACUGUACUGUGCUGUCCAAACUUGUGAAACAUAGAUGUCUGUGAUUGGUUCAGAUUUGGUCCGGUGCGGGCCGGACCAAAUAUAGGCCGGACCGGACGUCUGUGGACGUUGAAAUCAAGGCUGGUCCAGACCGGACCAAAUCUGAACCAAACAUAGACAUCCAAAAGACUUUACCGUCGGUAAAUGCUUAAUGGGAAGUGUAGGCCUAUACCCGUUCACUACAGUACUUCCCACAAAUCUAAAAGCAAGAUCAGUGGAAUUCUGGGUUAGUUUAAGGAGAUUCCACCAUAUUGCUUAGGCUACCAGUCAUGAUGUUUCACGGUCAUGGCUGCCAUCCCAUUUCUGACACCAGUGUCGCGAAUGACAAAUCCUGGUCGUGGAGUGAAAAGCAAGCACCCUACUGGAUCAAUCAUAUAUGUCUAUAUUUGGGCCAAAUCAAGGCCAUUCCGGACCGGAACAAAUCUGAACCAAAUAUAGACGUCCAUGAUUGGUUCAGAUUUGAUCCGGUCCAGACAGGACCAAAUAUCAACGUCUGUAGACGUUGAAAUCAAGGCCGGUCCGGGCCGCACCAAAGAAAUACCUAUAAAAUCCACAGUCUCAUAUUUUCUGACUCUGUUGGUUUGUCACUCUGUUGGUUGGUCCGGAUAGGACCAAAAAAAGACGUCCAAAUGGCAUCGCCUGACGGUAAAUGCUUAGUGGGAACCGUCUUCUACACCAUAGUUGAAGUGUGAUUAGGAUUUGAGUGACACGAUUGCAUACUACAUAGGCCUUAUACCAGAGUAACUUUCAGGGCCCGUAUAUACAAAGUGUCUUAGAGUAGGAGUGCUGAUAUAGGAUCUGUCCAUACAAUCUUAUUCAUUAUGAUCUAAAAGACAAAACCUAUCCUAGAUCAGCACUCCUACUCUGAGACUCUUUGUGGAACAACAAUAUAAAUGCAACAUGCAACAAUUUCAAAGAUUUUACUGAGUUAUAGUUCAGUCAAUUGAAAUAAAUAAAUUAGGCUACAAUCUAUGGAUUUCACAUGACUGGGAAUACAGAUAUGCAUCUGUUGGUCACAGAUACCUUAAGAAAAAGGUAGGGGUGCGGAUCAGAAAACCAGUCAGUAUCUGGUGUGACCACCAUUUGCCUCAUCGCCUUCGCAUAGAGUUGAUCAGGCUGUUGAUUGUGACCUGUGGAAUGUUGUCCCCCUCCUCUUCAAUGGCUGUGCGAAGUAGCUGGAUAUUGGCUUGAACUGGAACAUGCUGUCGUACACAUCGACCCAGAGCAUCCCAAACAUGCUCAAUGGGUGACAUGUCUGGUGAGUUUGCAGGCGAUGGAAGACAUUUUCAGCUUGCAGGAAUUGUGUACAGAUUCUUGCGACAUGGGGUCGUGCAUUAUCAUGCUGAAACAUGAGGUGAUGGCGGCGGAUGAAUGGCACGACAAUGAGCCUCAGGAUCUCGUCACGGUAUCUCUGUGCAUAAAAAUUGCCAUUGAUAAAAUUCAAUUGUGUUCGUUAUCCGUAGUUUAUGCCUGCCCAUAUCAUAAUCGCACCACCACCAUAAUCCCACCACCACCAAAGUUGACAUCAGCAAACCGCUCGCCCACACGACGCCAUACAGAUAGUCUGUGGUUGUGAGGCCAGUUGGACGUACUGCCAAAUUCUCUAAAACGACAUUGGGAGGCGGCUUAUGGUAGAGAAAUUAACAUUACAUUCUCUGGCAACAGCUCUGGUGGACAUUCCUGCAGUCAGCAUGCCAAUUGCACGCUCCCUCAAAACUUGAGACAUCUGUGGCAUUUUGUUGUGUGACAAAACUGCACAUUUUAGAGUGGCCUUUUAUUGUCCCCAGCACAAGGUGCACCUGUGUAAUGAUCAUGCUGUUUAAUCAGCAUCUUGAUAUGCCACACAUGUCAGGUGGAUGGAUUAUUUUGGCAAAAGAGAAAUGCUCACUAACAGGGAUGUAAACAAAUUUGUUCCCAACAUUUUAGAGAAAUAAGCUUUUUGUGCAUAUGGAACAUUUCUGUGAUCUUUUACUUCAGCUCUUGAAACAUUGGACCAACACUUGACAUGUUGCGUUUAUAUAUUUUUUCAGUGUAACUUCUCAAUCUUCUCUUCUCUCUGUCAGAUUAUCCAUGGAGGACCUCCAGUCAGGCUUUGACCUCCAACCUCAUCAAGUGGCUUUACUUGCCGGACUUUGCCAUGCGUCCCGCCCCUUUCUUCAUCCUCUGUGAGUCUGUUUGUCUUCAUCCCAGCCAUUACCAAAUUCAACAAUUCUGUGGAAAUCUCACAUUGGCAUUCAUUCUUGGUUUAUGUGAAAGUAAGAGUUACAUGCAUAUCUCAAGGAUUCAGGACAUUGUCUACUAUAUAUAGUGUGUACAGUUGUGGUCAAAAGUUUUGAGAAUCACAAAGUCUGCUGCCUCAGUUUUGAUGAUGGCAAUUUGCAUAUACUCCAGAAUGUCAUGAAGAGUGAUCAGAUGAAUUGCAAUUAAUUGCAAAGUCCCUCUUUGCUAUGAAAAUUAACUUAAUCCCAAAAAAAUAUUUCCACUGCAUUUCAGCCCUGCCACAAAAGGGUCAGCUGCCAUCAUGUCAGUGAUUCUCUCGUUAACACAGGUGAGAGUGUUGACGAGGACAAGGCUGGAGAUCACUCUGUCAUGCUGAUUGAGCUAGAAUAACAGACUGGAAGCUUUAAAAGGAGGGUGGUGCUUGAAAUCAUUGUCUUCCUCUGUUAACCAUGGUUACCUGCAAGGAAACACGUGCCGUCAUUGCUUUGCACAAAAAGGGCUUCACAGGCAAGGAUAUUGCUGCUAGUAAGAUUGUACCUAAAUCAACCAUUUAUCGGAUCAUCAAGAACUUCAAGGAGAGAGGUUCAAUUGUUGUGAAGAAGGCGUCAGGGCGCCCAAGAAAGUCCAGCAAGCGCCAGGACCGUCUCCUGAAGUUGAUUCAGCUGCGGGAUCGCGGCACCACCAGUGCAGAGCUUGCUCAGGAAUGGCAGCAGGCAGGUGCGAGUGCAUCUGCACGCACAGUGAGGCGAAUACUUUUGGAGGAUGGCCUGGUGUCAAGAAGGGCAGCAAAGAAGCCACGUCUCUCCAGGAACAACAUCAGGGACAGACUGAUAUUCUGCAAAAGGUACAGGGAUUGGACUGCUGAGGACUGGGGUAAAGUCAUUUUCUCUGAUGAAUCCCCUUUCCGAUUGUUUGGGGCAUCUGGAAAACACCUUGUCCGGAGAAGACAAGGUGAGCGCUACCAUCAGUCCUGUGUCAUGCCAACAGUAAAGCAUCCUGAGACCAUUCAUGUAUGGGGUUGCUUCUCAGCCAAGGGAGUGGGCUCACUCACAAUUUUGUCUAAGAACACAGCCAUGAAUAAAGAAUGGUACUAACACAUCCUCCGAGAGUAACUUCUCCCAACCAUCCAAGAACAGUUUGGUGACGACCAAUGCCUUUUCCAGCAUGAUGGAGCACCUUGCCAUAAGGCAAAAGUGAUAACUAAGUGGCUCGGGGAACAAAACAUUGACAUUUUGGGUCCAUGGCCAGGAAACUCCCAAGACCUUAAUCCCAUUGAGAACUUGUGGUCGAUCCUCAAGAGGCGGGUGGACAAACAAAACCCCACAAAUUCUGACAAACUCCAAGCAUUGAUUAUGGAAGAAUGGGCUGCCAUCAGUCAGGAUGUGAACCAGAAGUUAAUUGAUAGCAUGCCAGGGCGGAUUGCAGAGGUCUUGAAAAAGAAGGGUCAACACUGCAAAUAUUGACUCUUUGCAUAAACUUAAUGUAAUUGUCAAUAAAAGCCUUUGACACUUAUGGAAUGCUUGUAAUUAUACUUCAGUAUACCAUAGUAACAUCUGACAAAAAUAUCUCAUAACACUGAAGCAGCGAACUUUGUGAAGACCAAUACUUGUGUCAUUCUCAAAAAAAUUUGACCACGACUGUACUGUAAAUCCCUUCAUACACCAUUAAUCUGUAACUCCUACAUAAGUGAUCAAGGCAGCCAUUUUGUUUUUCUGUGUGUCCAGAUGACCACCUCCUGCUGCUGUGCUCCACGCUGCAGUGGCAGGUGUUUGAGGAGGAGAACCGUGCCGCCGUGCGCCUCAUGGCAGGGGAGAACGUGGAGAUCAGCCGCAGCCUGGACCCGCGCUCCUUCAACCAAUACAUUCCCGUCAACAACUUCCUCCACUGCAGGUCAGAGGGUUUUCUUAGCUAGCGUGGGCUUUAGACAACUGCUUUAUCGUUUUCGUGAAACGUGGCCUGAUUAGGAAAACGUACAUUUUACAACUAGGGUUUUUUCCAGUUAGGUCACAUGGUCUGGAACAAAUCCUGGAACCACUCAUAUGGUAAUAUGGAUAUGAAUGUGUCUCUCCUUACCUCAGGUCCUACCUGGACAUCGCCAAGGUUUUUGUGUUCAGCUACUUCUUCUGGCUAGUGUUGUGCCUCAUCUUCAUCACGGGCACCACCCGCAUCAACAUCUUCUGCCUGGGCUACCUUGUAGCCUGCUUCUACUUCAUGCUGUUCGGGGGCAGCCUGCUCAUGCAGCCCGUACGAAACAUCCUCAGGCUCUGGGACUGCCUCAUCGGAUACACUUGCUUCGUCAUCGGCAUGAAGAACCUGCUAUCUGUACGUUAGCUAACUAAUUACUAACUGUCUAGGCUAGCCUAUCCUCGUUGCUGAAAGUGUUUUUUUUUCAUUCAUGUACUGUAUUAUGCAUAGCGUACCACGUACUAUGCUAAUAACUCAGUCGGUUUGAAUCACUCGUCAAUGAUAACUGCCAGUUCUGUGUUAGUGCCUCACAAACUGACUCUCACCGUCUCAAGUCAAGUCUUCUCUCUCCUCUGUGCUAUCUGUCUUGCUGUAUGUGUCCACAGCUUGGCUCAUGUGCUUAUCUGGACAGCCUGUUGAAGAAUGGCUGCUGGCUCAUUCAGGCCUUCAGCAUGGUCUGUACAAUCGAAGGCUAUGAUGUCUGUAAGUGUGACUGAUAAUACCCAUUAACACACUGUGUGUGUGUGUGUGUGUGUGUGUGCGUGCGUGCGUUGUUGUGCAUGUGUGUAGCCUGUUCUAUUUGUGUCUGUAUGUGUUUAGCUACGUGCACUCCUGUGUGUGUGUGCUUUCAUAUGUGUGUGUAUGUGCGUUUUCUCAGUUGUAUAUAUGUGUGUGUGUUCCCAGCUGCUCCUGAUGAUGAGUGUGAGCUGCCGGAGGGGGAGGCGGGCAUUGUGUGGGAUGCGAUCUGCUUCACCGUGCUCCUGGCUCAGAGAAGGGUUUUCCUCAGCUACUACUUCCUGUAUGUGGUGUCUGACCUCAGGGCCUCCAAGAUCCUGGCCUCCAGGUUAAUAAUCAUCAUCAUCAUCAUCAUCAUCAUUUAGUUACUGACCACUUCCCUAUCAAUGAUUUUAGAUGAUUUUAGAAUACUUUGGUACUAUUGAAAAUAGUCAUGUUUAUCUAUUGAAUGGUACCAGCUGAAAGUAUGACUUCAUAGGUUGUUUGUCUCUCAUAUUUCAAGGGGUGCUGAGCUCUUUGAAGCCAAAGUGAAGAAACUGGUUGCUGCCAGACUGGAGAUGGAGAGGAAGUCUGUGGAGACGCUGAAGAAGCAGUAAGACUUAUGCAACAGCAGUUUGUUUGUUCUCAUUUCGUUUUCAGUCUAAUGGGUUUGCUAUUGUUGUAUUGUUUGAAUUCACUGUGUUGAUUCCUUCCUCUAGGAUGGAGAAGAUCAAAUCCAAACAUAAGAGUAAGCCUGGCCAGGGAGACGCAGCAGCGCCCCCUAUUGAUAAAGUGCCAAAAGGUGAGCAUCAUGGAGCAAGCUAAUGGAAGUUGUCCAUAACCACUGACGGAGGGUCAGUUCUUAAACGUAUACUCUUUGAUCGGAUCUUUGUAUUUACCCCUACUAGAGUUGGUGGUAAGAUAGUCUGAUCCUAGAUCUGUGGUUAGGGGCAACGUACAGUACCAGUCAAAAGUUUGGAGACACCUACUCAUUCAAGGGUUUUUCUUUAUUUUUACUAUUUUCUACAUUGUAGAAUAAUAGUGAAGACAUCAAAACUAUGAAAUAACACAUAUGGAAUCAUGUAGUAACCAGAAAAGUGUUAAACAAAUCAAAAUAUAUUUUAGAUUUUAGAUUCUUCAAAGUAGCCACCCUUUGCCAUGAUGACAGCUUUGCACACUCUUGGCAUUCUCUCAACCAGCUUCACCUGGAAUGCUUUUUCAACAGUCUUGAAGGAGUUCCCACAUAUGCUGAGCACUUGUUGGCUGCUUUUCCUUCACUCUGCGGUCCAACUCAUCCCAAACCAUCUCAAUUGGGUUGAGGUCGGGUGAUGUGGCCAGGUCAUCUGAUGCAGCAUUCCAUCACUCUCCUUCUUGGUCAAAUAGCCCUCACACAGCCUGGAGGUGUGUUGGGUCAUUGUCCUGUUGAAAAACAAAUGAUAAUCCCACUAAGCUCAAAUCAGAUGGGAUGGCGUAUCACUGCAGAAUGCUGUGGUAGCCAUGCUGGUUAAGUGUGCCUUGAAUUCUAAAUAAAUCACAGACAGUGUCACCAGCAAAGCACCCCCACAGCAUCACACCUCCUCCUCCAUGCUUCACGGUGGGAACCACACAUGCGGAGAUCAUCCGUUCACCUACUCUGCGUCUCACAAAGACACAGCGGUUGGAACCAAAAAUCUCCAAUUUGGACUCAUCAGACCAAAGGACAGAUUUCCACCGGUCUAAUGUCCAUUGCUCGUGUUUCUUGGCCCAAGCAAGUCUCUUCUUCUUAUUGGUGGCCUUUAGUAGUGGGUUCUUUGCAGCAAUUCGACCAUGAAGGCCUGAUUCACAUGCAGUCUCCUCUGAACAGUUGAUGUUGAGAUGUGUCUGUUACUUGAACUCUGAAGCAUUUAUUUGGGCUGCAAUUUCUGAGGCUGGUAACUCUAAUGAACUUAUCCUCUGCAGCAGAGAAUAAGUGUAGCUCAGUUGGUAGAGCAUGACGCUUGCAACGCCAAAGUUGUGGGUUCGAUUCCCACGGGGGACCAGUAUGAAAAAAUGUAUGCACUCACUAACUGCAAGUCGCUCUGGAUAAGAGCGUCUGCUAAAUGACUAAAAAGUUUUUCCUGUGGCGGUCCUCAUGAGAGCCAGUUUCAUCAUAGCGCUUGAUGGUUUUUGCGACUGACCUUCAUGUCAUAAAGUAAUAAUGGACUGUCAUUUCAUUGGUCUUUCACCAAAUAGGGCUAUCUUCUGUAUACCACCCCUACCUUGUCACAACACAACUGAUUGGCUCAAACGCAUUAUGAAGGAAAGAAAUUCCACAAGUUAACUUUUAAUUAGGCACACCUGUUUAUUGAAAUGCAUUCCAGGUGACUACCUCAUGAAGCUGGUUGAGAGAAUGCCAAGAGUGUGCAAAGCUGUCAUCAAGGCAAAGGGUGGCUACUUUGAAGAAUCUCAAAUAUAAAAUAUAUUUUGAUUUGUUUAACACUUUUUUGGUUACUACAUGAUUCCAUAUGUGUUAUUUCAUAGUUUUGAUGUCUUCACUACUAUUCUACAAUGUAGAAAAUAGUAAAAAUAAAGAAAAACCCUUGAAUGAGUAGGUGUGUCCAAACUUUUGACUGGUACUGUAUAUCUCGAGCUUUAAUAAUGGAUUAAAUAGAACUACAGUAUUAAAAGUACUCAAAUCGCUUUACAUUUGAAGAUGGUGGGAGACUCAACUCAUCAUGAUCAUUAUUCUUGUCAUUCUCACUGAAUGAAAGGAUACAUGUAUGAUGGAGGGAUGAAUGGGUGAAUAUGUUUUCCAGGUGAGAGUGAGAAGGCAGAGAAUGAUCAGGGGAAAUGGUGGAAACCAUGGGUCUCACGGCCUGGCGGUAAGUGUUCCAUAAACCUAACUAACAUGAUUUCCAAUUUGGUCAGUUACAGAAAUAACCUUAAAUGGGGAAAUGGGGGGAUAUGGUUUAAAAAGAUAAACAACGUGCUUGACUCCACCUUAUUAGAUCAGGUGCUGAAUCCUCGUAUAUAAUGGGAUAUGAUUUCAUUUAAUCUCAUCAUAAAUAGUCACUUUUUGAUUCAAGUAAUUUAAACCAUUUAUAUACUGCAAUAGUAUAAAGUAGGAUGUAUAAGUAGGAGUUUGUCUUUGUUGUUUGACACUUCUGUCGUUUUCCCUCAGUUGAGAACAACUGUGGCUACCAUCUUUUUGAGAGUGACAGUGAAGAGGAAGAGGAGGAAGUCCAGGAAAAUAAACAGGAAGAGGCUCCACCAAAGAAGAAAUCUGCUUUUCAGGCAAGGGGCAUAAAAGACAAACUACAAAGAGUAGUAAAAUUGUAUUUGUGUAUGUUGUUGAAUGUGAUGUCAAACUGUGUGCCUCCUUUCUCCACAGUUAGCCUAUGAGGCAUGGGUCACAAGCUCCAAAGCAGCCCUGAAUCUGCACAAAAAAGAAGAGAAGAAGAUGAAAAAAGAGGAGAAGAGGAGGGCAAAGAGAGAGCUGCAGAGACAGCAAGGUAAGAGGGGCUCGUUUGCAUGGGACUGUUUGCAUAAUGUUGUCAUAGAGACAGAAUAACUAAUGUAUUAUUUUGUGUCUUUGUCUGAUCCAAGGCAUUGAGAGGGCCGAGUCUCAUCAGGACGAGUUGGAGGUGGAAGAGAGAGAUGAAGAGGAGGAGAAAGGUAAACAUUCCACCUCUACAGACCCUUCGUGGAUAUACAGUAGAAUAACUCUAGAAGUCCUUGUACUGCUUCUAACUUGAUAGGUUUCUAACGAUUCUGUCCUCUCACAGAAAACACAUUUCAGAGGAUCAUCGACACACUCAAGUUUUUAUGGGUGUUUAUCCUGUCCCUUUUGGAUGACGUCACUGAGGGCCUUAACUCGUUCUGCAAAGAUAACCAGGACAUCUCCAAAGUGCUGCGCUUUGAGAGGGCUCUUCUAGGCCAGCAACAGAAAAAGGUGUAGAAACAUUCAUCCACUCUACCUCUCCAUGAUGAUUUUCAUUAAUUGCAGGGAAUCCUUCAUUUGACUUCACUCAAUUGAACUCUGUUUUAAUUAUGUCCUGCCUGCAGUGAUGAUAAUACUAAAAUACACAAUCUUUUCCCCUGUUCCUUCUACAGGGGAAAGAGGUGUCACAGGAGAGUGUGAAGCGCUUCUAUGAGAACUGGAUGUCUAGGCAGAACACUCUGGCCUCGCUGGAAGACCAAGAUGACAUAGUUCUCCCCGUCUCCUCCCCACCACCUGUACCCUCAUCACCGCGAGGUUACUCAAAGCUCAAACACGCCCACUCCAAAAUCUCCUGGGGCAGCAGCUUGUCCAGGUCUGCAUUGAUGUAACACCUACAUAGUCAUGAUUAGUUUAUUCAUGAAAUUAAUUUAUAUUCCAUAAGUAGACUGCAUUUAUUAUACAUAACUGAUUACUUUUAAAUUAAUGAUGGAGUAGUAUUUUCUAAUAUUAUGUUAUUCUGUAUUAUAACCUCUGUAUGGAGGCUUUAUGAAUGGCCUCAUAUGUCCAGGAUGGUCAUCAUGUAUCCCUGUCAUCAUGUCUUAGCUGCAUGACGGAUGAGACCCUGCUUGGGUCUCGAGAGCCCACUCUGGAUGAGCUGGAUGUCCCUCCUGUACUCCAGCCAGCUGCCGAGCAACUCAGACGGAAACUACUGAAAACUGCCAACCUGGACCUUGGCUCAUUUGACAGCGAAGACCCUCCACCAAGGUGAUGUUUUUUUGUUGUUGAUUUAUUAGGAUCCCCAUUAGCCGACGCCAAUGGCGACAGCUAGUCUUACUGUGGUCCAACACAAAUCCAGAAAAUCACAUUGUAGGAUUUUUUAUGAAUUUAUUUGCAAAUGAUGGUGGAAAAUAAGUAUUUGGUCAAUAACAAAAGUUUCUCAAUACUUUGUUAUAUACCCUUUGUUGGCAAUGACACAGGUCAAACGUUUUCUGUAAGUCUUCACAAGGUUUUCACACACUGUUGCUGGUAUUUUGGCCCAUUCCUCCAUGCAGAUCCCCUCUAGAGCAGUGAUGUUUUGGGGCUGUCGCUGGGCAACACAGACUUUCAACUCCCUCCCAAAAUGUUCUAUGGGGUUGAGAUCUGGAGACUGGCUAGGCCACUCCAGGACCUUGAAAUGCUUCUUACGAAGCCACUCCUUCGUUGCCCGGGCGGUGUGUUUGGGAUCAUUGUCAUGCUGAAAGACCCAGCCACGUUUAAUCUUCAAUGCCCUUGCUGAUGGAAGGAGGUUUUCACUCAAAAUCUCACGAUACAUGGCCCCAUUCAUUCUUUCCUUUACACGGAUCAGUCGUCCUGGUCCCUUUGCAGAAAAACAGCCCCAAAGCAUGAUGUUCCCACCCCCAUGCUUCACAGUAGGUAUGGUGUUCUUUGGAUGCAACUCAGCAUUCUUUGUCCUCCAAACACGACAAGUUGAGUUUUUACCAAAAAGUUCUAUUUUGGUUUCAUCUGACCGUAUGACAUUCUCCCAAUCCUCUUCUGGAUCAUCCAAAUGCACUCUAGCAAACUUCAGACGGGCCUGGAGAUGUACUGGCUUAAGCAGGGGGACACGUCUGUCACUGCAGGAUUUGAGUCCCUGGCGGAGUAGUGUGUUACUGAUGGUAGGCUUUGUUACUUUGGUCCCAGCUCUCUGCAGGUCAUUCACUAGGUCCCCCCGUGUGGUUCUGGGAUUUUUGCUCACCGUUCUUGUGAUCAUUUUGACCCCACGGGGUGAGAUCUUGCGUGGAGCCCCAGAUCGAGGGAGAUUAUCAGUGGUCUUUUAUGUCUUCCAUUUCCUAAUAAUUGCUCCCACAGUUGAUUUCUUCAAACCAAGCUGCUUACCUAUUGCAGAUUCAGUCUUCCCAGCCUGGUGCAGGUCUACAAUUUUGUUUCUGGUGUCCUUUGACAGCUCUUUAGUCUUGGCCAUAGUGGAGUUUGGAGUGUGACUGUUUGAGGUUGUGGACAGGUGUCUUUAAUACUGAUAACAAGUUCAAACAGGUGCCAUUAAUACAGGUAACGAGUGGAGGACAGAGGAGCCUCUUAAAGAAGAAGUUACAGGUCUGUGAGAGCCAGAAAUCUUGCUUGUUUGUAGGUGACCAAAUACUUAUUUUCCACCAUAAUUUGCAAAUAAAUUCAUUAAGAAUCCUACAAUGUGAUUUUCUGGAUUUUUUUUCCUCAAUUUGUCUGUCAUAGUUGACGUGUACCUAUGAUGAAAAUUACAGGCCUCUCUCAUCUUUUUAAGUGGGAGAACUUGCACAAUUGGUGGCUGACUAAAUACUUUUUUUCCCCACUGUAAAUGAAAUACAUUACAGACAAAAUACUUUACAAUUGACAUACAUUUAAAAACAUUACAAUGUAGUGUGUGUGUGCAUCUAUCAGUUACAUAUACAUGUCAGUACAUACACACAACAAGUAGGUCACAUGGGGGAGAGGUGUUAUGCCGUGAGGUGUUGCUUUAUUUCGUUUUUUUAAACCAGGUUUGCUGUUCACUUGUGCCAUAUAAGAUGUAAGGGAGUUCCAUGCACUCGUGGCUCAGUAUAAUACUGUACGUUUCCUUGAAUUUGUUCUGGACCUGGGGACUGUGAAAAUACCCCUGAUGACAUGUCUGGUGGGGUAAGUACAGGGGUGUAAAGUACUUAAGUAAAAAUACUUUAAAGUACUACUUAAGUAGUUUUUUUGGGUAUCUGUACUUUACUUUACUAUUUAUAUUUUUGACUACUUUUACUUUUACUUCACUACAUUCCUAAAGAAAAUAUUGUACUUUUUACUCCGUACAUUUUCCCUGACAACCAAAAGUACUCAUUACAUUUUGAAUGCUUAGCAGGACGGGAAAAUAGUCAGAUUCACGCACUUAUCAAGAGAACACGUGGUCAGCCCUACUGCCUCUGGUCUGGCGGACUCACUAACCACAAAUGCAUCUUUUGUAAAUAAUGUCUGAGUGUUGGAGUGUGCCCCUGGCUAUCAAACAUUUUUAAAAAAACAAGACAAUUGUGCUGUCUGCUUUGCUAAAUAAUAGGAAUUUAAAAUAUUUUACUUUUGAUACUUAAGUAUUUUUUAGCAAUUAUAUUUACUUUGUAUAUUUAAAACCAAAUACUUUUAGACUUUUACUCAAGUAGUAUUUUACUGGCUGACUUUCACUUUUACUUGAGUAACUUUCUAUUAAGGUAUCUAUACUUUUACUCAUGUAUGACAAUUGGGUACUUUUUCCACCACUGGGUAAGUGUGUGUGUCAGUGCUGUGUGUAAGUUGACUAUGCAAACAAUUAGCAAUUUCCAACACAUUAAUGUUUCUUAUAAAAACAAGAAGUGACUCAGUCAGUCUUUCCUCAACUCUUAGCCAAGAGAGACUGGCAUGCAUAGUAUUAAUACAAUGAAGAGUUAAGACGUGCCACUCUGUUCUGGGUCAGCUACAGCUGAACUAGAUCUUUCUUUGCACUACUUGACCAUAUGACUGAACAAUAAUCAAGAUAAGAUAAAACUAGAGCCUGCAGAACUUGAUUUUGUGGAGUGUGGUGUCAAAAAAUCAGAGCAUCUCUUUAUUACGGACAGACCACUCCCCAUCUUUACAACCAUUUAAUCUAUAUGUUUUGACCAUGACAGUUUACAAUCAAAGGUAACACCAAGUACAAGACCAAAGAGCUCUCCAAGGAUGUCAGGGACAAGAUUGUAGACCUACACAAGGCUGGAAUGGGCUACAAGACCAUCGCCAAGCAGCUUGGUGAGAAGGUGACAACAGUUGGUGCGAUUAUUCGUAAAUGGAAGAAACACAAAAUAACUGUCAAUCUCCAUCGGCCUGGGGCUCCAUGCAAGAUCUCACCUCGUGGAGUUGCAAUGAUCAUGAGAACGGUGAGGAAUCAGCCCAGAACUACACAGGAGGAUCUUGUCAAUGAUCUCAAGGCAGCUGGGACCAUAGUCACCAAGAAAACAAUUGGUAACACACUACGCCGUGAAGGACUGAAAUCCUGCAGCGCCCGCAAGGUCCCCCUGCUCAAGAAAGCACAUAUACAGGCCCGUCUGAAGUUUGCCAAUGAACAUCUGAAUGAUUCAGAGUAGAACUGGGUGAAAGUGUUGUGGUCAGAUGAGACCAAAAUCGAGCUCUUUGGCAUCAACUCAACUCACCGUGUUUGGAGGAGGAGGAAUGCUGCCCAUGACCCCAAGAACACCAUCCCCACCAUCAAACAUGGAGGUGCAAACCUGGUGGCCAACUACAAGAAACAUCUGACCUCUGUGACUGCCAACAAGGGUUUUGCCACCAAGUACUAAGUCAUGUUUUGCAGAGGGGUCAAAUACUUAUUUCCCUCAUUAAAAUGCAAAUCAAUUUAUAACAUUUUUUACAUGUGUUUUUCUGGAUUUUUCUGUUGUUAUUCUGUCUCUCACUGUUCAAAUAAACAUACCAUUAAAAUUAUAGACUGAUCAUGUCUUUGUCAGUGGGCAAAUGUACAAAAUCAGCAGGGCAGGGAUCAAAUACUUUUUUCCCUCACUGUAGGAGUGGCUAUAGAGUCAGCUACCAUCCUCAGUAGCUUUCCAUCUAAAUUGUCAAUGCCAAGAGGUUUGUCAUUAUUGAUCGAUAACAAUACUUUUUCCACCUCUCCCACACUAACAAAAUUAAAACUUGCAAUGCUUUUCUUUCAUUAUUAGUUUUUUUAUGCAUGAGUAUGAUGGCUCACUGUUCGUUGUUGGCAUUUCCUGCCUAAGUUUGCCCACUUUGCCAAUGAAGUAAUCAUUAAAAUAAUUGGCAACAUCAAAUGGUUUUGUGAUGAAUAAGCCGUCUGAUUUGAUGAAAGAUGGAGUUGAAUUUGUCUUUCUGCCCAUAAUUUCAUUUAAAGUACUCCAAAGUUUUUUCCCAUCAUUCUUUAUAGCAUUGAUCUUGGCUUCAUAAUAGAGUUUCUUCUUCUUUUUGUUGAUUUUAGUCACAUAAUUUCUCAUCUUGCUGUAACUCAGCCAGUCAGAUGUGCAGCCAGACAUAUUAGCCACUCCUUUUGCCUUAUCACUUUCAACCGUACAGUUUUUAAAUUCCUCAUCAAUCCAUGGAGCCUAAACAGUUCUAACAAGAUAUAGCCACUAUAUUGUGAUCACUGCAUCCAAUGGGUACAGAUACAGCUUUAGAACAAAGUUCUACAGUAUUAGUAAAACUGUGAUUAAUACAUGUGGAUGAUCUUGUUCAUGUAGUGUUUUGAAAACACCCUGGUAGGUUGAUUAAUAACCUGAACCGGAUUACAGGCACUGGUUACAGUGAGAAGCUUCCUCUUGAGCAGACAGCUUGUGUCACGGUUUCGGCCGAGGCUGCCUCUCUUCCUUGUUCGGGCAGGCUUCGGCGUUCGUUGUCUCCGGAAUACUAGCUGCCACGUUGCAGUUCUAUGUUCGUUUGCUUUUGUCUGUUUUUGUUGACACCGUUCUCGUUUAGGUAAUUAGUGCUAUAAGUUCUCGUUGUUUUGUCUAGUGUGUGUGAUUGAUUUAUUUCUGUCGUGUGUUGUGCUUGUUAUUUACUUAUUCGCUCAGUGAGCUUUACUCCACUGUGUUGGAGCGUUUUACGCAUGGUUAGUGCGCCUUUUGUUUGUCGCUUCGUAGUAGUUUCGCCCUUUGGGCAAGUUUGUUCGUAUUUUCCUGUUGGAAUAGCACUAAAGUCUUUGGACUAUACUUCGGUGUCCUGCGCUUGAUUCCACCACUACACCCACCUACAGCAUUCCUGACAGCUUGGUGAAACAGUCAAUUCAGGUCUCCAAGAAAGUAGACCUCUUCGUUACAUCACAUACACUAUCAAGCAUUUACACAUAUAUUUAGAUACUGACUGUUAGCACUUGGUGGCCUAUAGCAACACCCCAAAAGAAAAAGCUUUAGAUGUGACAGGUGAACCUGCAACCACAACACCUCAAUAACACUUGACAUAAGAUCUUCUCUAAGCAUUACAGUGAUAUGGCUCUGAAUAUUUACAGCAACAACUCCCCCUCCUGUCUCUUCUAUAGAUGUUAUAUAUCUGUAUUGCUACUACUGUAUCAUCAAAUGAAUUAUCUAAGUGGUGACCUCACUUAUGCACUUAUGGUUUUCUCUACUCUGUAUACCAGACUUAGUAUAUAUUGUUGCAUAUCUACUCACUCUCUAUACACCUUUAUAUAAACUCUCCCAUCUUCAUAAUGUCUGACUGCAUCUUAUUACUUUCUAUAAUUACAUUUUUCAGCAGCCAUGACGAUACUGUUCCUGAUAAGGAGGACAAUGAAGGAGAGGAUGCGUGUAAAAAGGAGGGGGAGUAUACAGUGGAGGAGGAGUAUAGAAUGGAGAAGAAGGAAUGGAGGGAGGAAGAAGAGGAGGAGAGGGAAAAAGCUGUGAUGUUUUCAGGAUUUAUCUCCCUGGACUAUCUGGAGUGUGAUGAGAAGAGCGAAGAUUUCCCAGACUCCCCCCGGCCUCUGAGUGAGACCAGGCACCUCACGGCCAGUGAGCUCCUGCUCAACAAGUCAGUCAUGGGAGAUUGGGACUUUGUGGUUUUUCUGGUUACAAUUGUGGUAUAGUCAAGUGGACCCAUUCAGUUGUGUCACAUUACCUCGUAGUAAAUUAAAGUUGAGUAUCACACAUUUUAUUUACACUUCAGGAUACUCACGUACUGCGUUUGCCCUCUAUUGCAGCAUGUUUGAUAACGAUGAAAUUGAAGAGUCUGAUAAGUUCUUCCAGUCUCUCCCGAGGCACCUGAGACUGGUGUUUGCCCUGUACAACACCAUGGUGUCGAAGUCGGAGAUGCUGUGCUACUUUGUGAUCAUCCUGAACCACAUGGUGUCUGCCUCCCUGCUCAGCCUGAUCCUGCCCAUCCUUAUCUUCCUCUGGGCCAUGCUGUCUGUGCCACGCCCAACCAAGCGCUUCUGGAUGACUGCCAUCAUCUACACAGAGGUACACACAGCAGGCACCCCCAAUGGAGUGAUAUUUUGAUUGGCUGGUUGGUUGGUUGGUUGAUUGAUUGGUUAGAUGGAUGGAUGGUUGAUUGAUUGAUGAUUCCUAUCUCUUCCAGCUGAUUGUGGUGGUCAAGUAUUUUUUCCCAGUUUGGCUUUUUCCCCUGGACUACCUCGGCCUACCGAGGCAUCAAUGCAGAGCGGCCCUUUGCUCUGCCCAACAUCAUUGGGGUAGAGAAGAAAUAUGGCUAUGUUCUCUUUGACUUGAUACAAAUCCUGGCUCUGUUCUUCCAUCGCUCCAUUCUAAAGGUACUGACGGGAAUGGUGGUUUCUGUGUUACAAAUAUAGAAUAUACUAAAGCACAACAUCUCAAUACUUUCUUCUUCUCUCCGUAGUGCCACGGUCUUUGGGAUAACAAAGAGGUGGAGAUGCCGGACUUCUUCAAGAAGUUGAAGAAGAAGACGGAGAAGAUGAAGAUGAGUGGAGGAGAAAAAGCAGGGGAUCAACCGAAGCGAAGACUACCCUGCCUCCCUCUCCAGGCCUCGACUGCAUCCUUGUUUUGCAGAUGUGGAAAUGCCAACUCCACUGAGAGAGAUAGUACAUACAUUCAGUAGCAUAAGCAUAAAUGUAUUUGUUUGAAAGCAUGUUGAAGUGGGGUGUUGCCUGGACAGAUGUGAAACGUUACCCAACCUGAAUAUACGAAUGUCUCUUGAUGUGAAUGGGAUAUUAUUGCAGGUGAUAUGCAGCUCAAAAAGCGCCACUCCAAGAAGAAGAGGCACCACAAUAAAGUUCCCCUGACCAGGAAGGAGAGGAUUAAAAAGCUGAUCAGAGAAAGGAUGCUGGAGGCUAAAGCUGCUAUCAUAGAAGUGUGAGCAUUUAGUGCACUAUCAUGUACUGAUAUGUAUUGUAGGUGUGUUCAAUUACAUAUCUCCAGUGAUAAAUGGCCGUUUACAAACAAGUCCAGGAAGCAGCACUUUUGACUGGACAUGAAUGGCAUCUUUAAGUACUGGUUUUUGGUUUCAAAAUGAAUGAAUAUUUUCAGCCAUGGUCGUCUUUUGUCUUCGCAGUGCCCUGCACAUAUACCUACCCAUCAGGCAGUUCUUCUAUGACAUAAUUCACCCAGAGUACAGCCCAGUGUGUGACGUCUACGCUCUCAUGUUUCUGAUUGACGUGGUCAACUUCAUUGUCAUCAUAUUUGGAUACUGGGCUUUUGGGGUAAGUGCCUGUUUGAGUCAAAAUUGUAUUUGGAAAGUUAUUAAGCCUACUUGUUUCAAGUGCAUUUCUUUCACUGUUUUAUUUUUGUGUCGGAACAGAAACACAGUGCUGCUGCUGACAUCACAGAUGCUCUUGGGGAGGACCAGGUCCCAUCGGCCUUCCUGGUCAUGCUGCUCAUCCAGUUUGGGACCAUGAUAGUGGACCGCGCUCUGUACCUCCGCAAAACCCUAAUGGGAAAAUGUGUCUUCCAAGUGGUGCUGGUGUUUGGUAUCCACUUUUGGAUGUUUUUCAUACUCCCUGGGGUGACUGAGAGGUCAGAGUUGAUAUUUAUUAAAGUGUAAAUGAACAUGUAAUAAUAAAAAAAGGAGCUGCUUAUUGACAUGUUUCAUUGUCAUUCUCUUGUGUUCUAGGAGGUUCAACAUGAACCAGGUGGCACAGUUGUGGUACUUUGUGAAGUGCAUCUACUUUGGCCUCUCUGCUUAUCAGAUCAAGUGUGGCUACCCAAAUAGUGUGCUGGGAAACUUCCUGACCAAGAACUACAACUACCUCAACCUAUUCCUUUUUCAAGGGUACAAUCGAUGCUCUAUGAUAGAUAAGCAAAGCCAAGUUGAAAAGCAAUACACUUCCUUGUAAGGGUCUUAGAUAAUCCCAUAAUACCAGUGCAUUGGGUUGUCCCUGUCUCCUCCUCAGGUUCCGCCUAGUUCCGUUCCUCAUAGAGCUGCGUGCCGUGAUGGACUGGGUCUGGACCGACACCACCCUCAGCCUAGGCAGCUGGAUCUGUGUCGAGGACAUUUAUGCCAACAUCUUCAUACUCAAGUGCUGGAGGGAGUCGGAGAAGGUAACUGGGAUGCCCAACUGCCAAUAGGCUGGUAACUAAUCUCUGUAGAGAGUAUAUCUGAUUGAUAGUUGAUGUUGAAUCACUGUAGAAUUAAAGGGGUUUGUCAGUCUUCAUGUUCGUUUCAUGUCUAUGAACACUAGAUUGUACUAAGUAUUCUUGUAUCAAGAACAAUUGUGUGUUAAACUUGAACUGAUUGAAAUUGUGUUGAACUAUGAAUAAUUUAUGUCUGUUAUUUGUACAGAGAUACCCACACACCCCAGGGCAGAAGAAGAAAAAUGGUGGUGAAGUAUGGCAUGGGCGGAUUCAUCAUAUUCUUCCUCAUCAGCGUCAUCUGGUUCCCCCUCCUCUUCAUGUCAUUGGUCAAGUCAGUGGCUGGAGUGACCAAUCAGCCUCUAGAUGUCUCUAUUCAGCUCAGCAUAGCAGGAUAUGAGGUUUGCGAUGGCCCCAUCAGCUCACAAUCGCUCUAUUUUAUGUAACGUUUUCUUCUUCUGUGAAACUGUUAGUGCUGGUGUUGUUUUCUGUGUGUGUUUCUCACAGCCACUGUUCACAAUGAGUGCCCAGGAGCAGAACCUGGUGCCAUACUCAGUGGCAGGCCUCAACCGGCUCACCAACCUCUAUGCCACUCACCCGGUAAGAGUGUUCUCCAUCUCGCCACAACAAGUUGCAAGUUUGAGGGGCUGUGGAAUCGACCCUAAGGACCUCUGACAUAAUCCUCUCUCUCUCUACAUCUCUCUCUCUCGCUACCUCUGUCUCAUUCUCUCUCUCUUAGUCAGCCAUGCAGUUCCUUGGGAACUACAUGGCUGAGGACAUUGUCAUUGCAAAGAUCAAGAGUGAUGCCAGUCUGCUGUGGAGCAUCAGCCCUGCCAGCCGUGA